UGCAACAGAAACAUCUUGAGAAACAUGGCUGAUCAAAGCUGGAUCGAUAUCCUGAAAUCCUCAAAGAAAACAGCUCUGAUACACGACGGAAAAAGGAAGAUCCACUUCCUGUUUACAGAUGGAAAAGAAAUGUCAGAGGAGUAUGACUUACAAACAGAUGAGCUCAUUGUACGAAAGUGGCGUCAUAAAAGCACACUUGGAGCUCAGGGCCAGUGGCAUGUAGAGGUUGGGGAGCCACUUGCAGGCCCUGUCCCUUCUUCGGAUUUGGAGGUGAUCAAGGAAAACUGCUCCAAUCCCGUGUUCUUGCGUAAAGACACAAAGACCAGCUUUCAGUGGAGAGUUCGCAACCUUCCCUACCCCAAAGAUGUCUUUAGUGUUUCUGUGGAGCCAUCGGACAGAUGCAUCAUCGUGAAAACCUCAAACAAAAAAUAUUAUAAGAAGUUCAGUAUUACUGAUUUAGAUCGCAGUCAGCUGCCAUUGGACAACUCCGCCCUCAGCUUCACUCACGCCAACAACACUUUGAUUGUCACCUACAAGAAACCCAAGGAGAUCUUAACCCUUGAACAGGAGCUACUGAAGGAGCUGAAGAAGCUGAAGGGGACCGGCGAAGGGGACGUCGACUGCAAAACUCAGUGAAUUUGUUCUGUGGGAGCGAGAGGAUGAUUCUGCGUUGCAUCUAAACAGUGCCUUUCAAUGGUUUAUAGCGCCUAAUUGUGUUUACUUAUUGGGGUUCAUUUAUUAAAAUGGUUAUUGUUUAUAUUUGAUACAGACAUAUUCUAUGAAAUAUAUUACAUAUGUUUUUCUAGCGGAUCCAUGAGCGUUUUCCCGAAUUAUUUCUUUACAUAGUAUAAAUAUUUAUUUACAUUAAAAAGUUUAAUUGUAUCACAACAGUAUCAAUUAAAUUUACUUCUUGUUACCAAACCUACUAGGGAGCAAUUUUGAUGGGGGCCACAUAACCUACUACCCUCCUUUCAUUGAUGUCCUUGUAAAACACUCAGAACACACAAUGCCUCGUCCCUGUUCGUUCCAGGGUCACUGUUACGAGCACAUCCCAUUCGUGUUAACUGAAUACCCUCAUGUUCCUCGCAUGUAGCGGGCCACCCUGAAAGCCAUUACUGAAACUCUGCUUUCUAGAGAGCAAGCUAGUGUUACUGUUUUCCUUUUCAACAAAAGGACGUUCUGACUCUGUGGUCUCCUGCUAAAACUACACGCACACAAGUUAGAAAUAUGUGCAACGGUCGCACGGCCUUGUUCCAAAUGGAUUUGAUAUUAUUCUCAAACAAGGACAAAUAAGAUUUCUUUCUAUGUAUAUAUGACGUGUACAGAAGAAGAAAGAUUUGUGCUUCUAAAGGGGAUAUUUGACUACUUUUCCACCAAGUUCGGUUAAAAAAA